AUGUAUAUAACGCCGAAUCAAUAUGCAAAGGCGUUUCAAGAUAUAAAGCGAUCUUCAUUAUCACAUUCUACCUGUAAAUUGGUACUUUUUGUUUCAUGUUUGGAUGUUGAUGCAUUGUGUGCUGCCAAGAUUUGGAGUUUGUUAUUGAGAAAGGAAUUAAUCCAGUACCAAUUAAUUCCCGUAACAGGAUACUCCGAUUUGAAGAGUCAUUAUGAUAAACUUGAUUCUGAUGUCAGCAAUAUUAUUCUCAUUGGGUGUGGAGCCAUGUUGGAUUUAGAAGGCUUUUUUGACUUGAACCCAGAGGAGUUUCUUGGAGAUAAUGAUCUUCUAGACAAACCGGAUGACAAUGAUUUAGAUGCAAUCAGACAGGACAAUUAUUCCCUAACUAGAAAGUUUUAUGUUAUUGACGGCCAUAGACCCUGGAAUUUGGACAAUUUGUUUGGGUCUGCAAUGGUUAUCUGUUUUGAUAACGGGUAUGUCGACGGAAACUUGCAGAACGAAAAGGACGCAUACAAAAUACUAGUGGAAAUGGGCGAUGAAGACGAUGACUCAGAUUCGGAUUCUGAAAGAGAAGACACUGAUGUUGAUGAAGAAAAUGAACAGGCUUCGGAAGCUCGUAUGCUUAGAAAGCAAACAAGGUCAUCAAACGAAGACAAGAUACAGGCAUAUUACAACCAAUCAUCUUCAGUUGUAUCUGCGUGCUCAAUCAGUGUUUAUGGGCUCGUUAGUGCUAUUGGGGAAAUCAAUCUGGAAAACUUGUGGUUGGCCAUUAUUGGUUCAAGUGGGCAUGAUUGUUCAAUUUUUGUUGACGAAGUACGAAGAUUGUCUGAAGAGUCGGGCAUCACCUUGGAAAAGGCUGUAUAUCUUCCAUUAUUGCGACAUUCAUCAUUAUACGAGGCAUUACUAUACAAUUGGAUAGAUGGUGAUAAAAGAAUUAACCAGAUUCUUGCAAAGAUGGGUAUCCCCAUUGUUGCUGCCAAACAGCAAUGGCAGUACCUUGAUGUACCUAUUAAAAAUAAACUACCAGCAUUAUUGAAAAAGUAUUUACCAGACCUUCCAGUGGUUGACAUAUUCUACAAAAGUGGGGUGAUAUCGAUGGAUGUGGCAGUUGCCUUGACUGCAUUAUUGGAGACAGGUGUAGCCACAGGCGGUAACGACCUGGAUGAUCUUGAAGACGAAGACGAGAAGAUAAGGCGAGAAAUACAAAAUAGAGAAGCCAGUUAUAUAAGGAACUUUUGGGCUGCUUUUGAUUCUGUUAGUUCAUUUGGUAUUGCAAAUAAUGCUAGUUUAGAAAAGGGGAUAUUAGCAGCUAAACUAGUGCAAAAAAUGUUGUUCCAAACUAUCAAGUAUAUUUUGGACCAAAAGUUGAUAAAGAAUUUGAAAGUUUACCGUCUUUGUAUUCUCAAGGAUGAAGCAGCACAUCUGAGUUUUGGUAACCCUGUAAUUUUAAUUAAAUUAUCGAGCCGACUAAUGGAGUACUUGAAACAAUUGUCCCAAAAACCAUUGAUUGUUGCGGCCGAAUUGCCAAACACGUACUUUGUAUUGGGCACAGGUACAAACAAUGCAUUCUCCAAAAUAUCUGGAGCACAGAUGAAGAAAGAUUUCUUUGAAGCGUCCUUGGUUGAGAUCAAAAAAGAAGAUUUGGCUCCAUUUUUAGAACAGUUAACUUUCAAUUUAUAG